UAUUUAUACUUUCUUUCACGUCUGACAUUCCUCAGUCCUACAACCCCAAAGCUUCCGGAAUCACUCCCUCCCCUCCCAGGCCUCUAUCCUGUUGGGGGACAUAGUUUUUUUUUUUUAAUUUUUUUUUUUUAAGGCCGUCAGCAUCUCAGUAAAAGGCACCACCGUCCAUUUAUCUUAAGUUGCUCCAGCCAGAAACUCACGCUCAAGUCACCCCCGAUAUCUUGAUCCUUUUCCUCCUCAUUCUCGUUUUCAUCCAUCAGCAAGCUCUGGUGCUUCUGCCCCUUACACAUGUCUCUGCUGCCACCACCUCAGUCCAAAGCUGCCAACCUCUUGCUUGCCUGAAACAGCCCCUUAGUUGGUCGGCUCAGUUUCGCUGUUGCCCCUCACUGAUAAACUCUUCCUUGAACAGCCAGAAUGACUUUUUCAAAAUGCUUAAAUGGCUGAGCGGCUUCCCACUGCGCUAACAUCCAGACCAACAACUUGCUGCUCUUCAGCCUCACUUCAUGCCCUCCUUCCCUGGCUCAUGGGCUCGACCACACAGCCUCCAUUCAGCUCCCAGAAAAGACAAAACUCCUUCCUGCCUCAGGGUCGUAGCACACAUUCCUUGGGCCAGGAACGCUCUCCCCAGCCUGCCCACCUUCCUUCUUUACACCGCUACAUGUUUUUCCCUUCCUCUGGUUCUCAGAUUCAACGGCCCCCUUCUCAGACAGUAGGCAGUGACCUCUCCUCCGCCCUCAUUCACCCUUCCAGCGUUCUAACGUAUUCGGGCAUCUUCGCACAGUGCGAUUCUUUUAUAUUUUUUAUUGUACGCCUUCCCCUCAGUAGAACAUAAGCGCUAUGAACACGGGGGCUAUACUAGUCUUGCUCACUUCAUCACGAGCCACGAGAUUACCGGCACCCACGGAAGAGGCAAAACCUCCCUCCGACUGAAAGGCGCGUCAGCUGUCGGCGAUUCCCGACGCAGCACCUGGGGACGGGCUAACUGAGAUCGCUACAGCAGCCAACAGCCUCGGCCCGCCGGCUGCGUGCGGGCGUCCGCCCUCGCUGCUAGGCGCCGGGGCCUGGGCUCCUCAGAGCCUCGCGAUACCUGAAGAGGCAGGUAAGGCGAUGGAGGCCAGCGGGCUGGGAGAGGAGGAGUCCACCUAGUUCUAGGAAUCACGCCAUCUGUGGCCGCGCUUUCAGAGAAAAGAGCGCAACUGCCCAACGCCCUCAGGUUUACACCUGCCCUACUUUAGCCCAGCGGACCCAACAGACCGUCUAGCUCUCCACCCUACACCGUCCGGGAUAAGUAACCCAGCGAAGCACCGUAGGGGCGGAACCGGCCCUGGGCUCCCGCCCACUCCCCCUCCCCUCCCCCCAGGCAGUUCCUUCUUCCUUCCGGAAGCUCGGAGGCCCCGCCCACUUGCGCAAGGCCGAGCUCGCCUCGCGACACGCCGGGCCUCAGCCAAUGGCCUUCGUCCCAGGGAACGUUACCUCUGACCUCAGGGCUAAUCAGAGACAGUAGGACGAACUCAUCGCGAGAGGUGAGGUUGAAGCUGCCUCCGCCAUUUUGGAGAUGGGAGACGGGCGAUGGCUGUGGUCCUUCUGCUAAUGCAAACAACAAAACGAGCACAUGAGUCACUCCGAAUAAGGCUCUCAUCACUCUAACUGCUGACCAAAACUACAGAAGCAGUGAAGGUGUCAAAGCCGAGCGCGGCUACAUCGAUAGCAGCCUCAACUGCCUGCUGGGGCGGCAGAAGUUAAGUAACUGAGGACCGGGAGGAUGGUGCAGUCCUGUUCCGCCUACGGCUGCAAGAACCGAUACGACAAGGAUAAGCCCGUUUCUUUCCACAAGUUUCCUCUUACUCGACCCAGUCUUUGUAAAAAAUGGGAGGCAGCUGUCAGAAGGAAAAACUUUAAGCCCACCAAGUACAGCAGCAUUUGCUCAGAACACUUUACUCCGGACUGCUUUAAGAGGGAGUGCAACAACAAGUUACUGAAAGAGGAUGCUGUCCCCACAAUAUUUCUUUGUACUGAACCACAUGACAAGAAGGAAGAUCUUCCAGAGCCCCAAGAACAGCUUCCCCGACCUCCUUCAACACCCCCGGUUUCCCAGGUUGAUGCUGCUAUCGGGUUACUCAUGCCUCCUCUUCAGACCCCUGAUAACCUCUCCGUUUUCUGUGACCACAACUACACUGUGGAGGACACCAUGCACCAGAGGAAGAGGAUUCACCAGCUCGAACAGCAAGUAGAGAAGCUCAGAAAGAAGCUCAAGACCGCACAGCAGCGGUGCAGAAGACAGGAGCGGCAGCUGGAGAAGCUAAAGGAGGUCGUGCACUUCCAGAAGGAGAAAGACGACGUCUCCGAGAGGGGUUAUGUGAUUCUACCAAAUGACUAUUUUGAAAUAGUUGAAGUCCCAGCAUGAAGAGUGAAAUUUGUGUUGGUGUUCAGUGGGGCAAUACCACCUACCCUCUUCUAGCCUGUAGAGGAGUUUCAUUUGAAAAAAACUACACUUGGUCACUUGUAUAAAAACAAUUCAGAAUAUUUUUUUAAAAGAAUAAAUUAGAUAUAUACUGUAAAA